AUGGGAGAGAUAGAAGGAACAUACAGAGUCCUGCAGACUCCUGGCUCUCGCUUGGGUGUCCAGAAGACCACAGGAGUGAGUACCUUGGAGCCGGGACAGAACCUCUCUACUGCAAUGGCAUCAUCGCCUGCCAAAACACACGAGCGGGACCUACCGAUCAAAAUAAAGAUGUUGGACAACACAGUGGAGGUACUUGAGAUUGAGUCAAAAUAUUAUGGCCAUAUGUUAUUGACAGAGGUUUACAAGCAUCUGAAUUUGAUUGAAUCGGACUACUUUGGGAUUGAGUUCCAGAACAUCCAGUCAUAUUGGAUUUGGCUGGAACCUAUGAAACCUGUUAUUAAACAAGUACGGAGACCAAAGACUACAGUGCUUCGUCUAGCCGUAAAGUUUUUCCCUCCAGACCCAGGCCAGUUGCAAGAGGAAUAUACUAGGUACCUGUUUGCGUUGCAAAUCAAGAGAGACUUGGCAGAGGAACGACUGACCUGCAGUGACAAUACGGCUGCUCUUCUGGUCUCUCACCUUCUGCAGUCUGAAAUAGGGGAUUUUGAUGAAUCAGAGGAUCGAGAACACCUUAAAACAAACCGGUAUUUGCCAAACCAGGAAAGAAUCGAAGGAAAGAUUCUGGAGUUCCACAGGAAGCACGUNNNUCAAACGCCUGCUGAAUCAGACUUUCAAGUGCUUGAAAUUGCUCGGAAACUGGAGAUGUAUGGCAUCAGAUUUCACCUUGCAUCUGACCGUGAGGGCACCAAAAUUAAUCUAGCUGUCUCACACAUGGGUGUGCUGGUAUUCCAGGGUAACACGAAAAUCAAUACCUUCAACUGGUCGAAGGUCCGUAAACUAAGCUUCAAGAGGAAAAGAUUUCUUAUUAAACUCCACCCAGAGGUCUGUGGCCCGUAUCAGGAUACUUUGGAGUUUCUUUUGGGAAGUAGGGAUGAGUGUAAAAACUUCUGGAAAAUCUGUGUUGAAUAUCACACGUUCUUUAGACUCUUUGAUCAGCCAAAGCCAAAGGCUAAAGCAGUGUUCUUCACCAGAGGGUCAUCGUUCAGAUACAGUGGACGAACACAGAAGCAGCUGGUGGAUUAUAUUAAGGACAGUGGGAUGAAGAAAACCCCAUAUGAAAGGAGGCACAGCAAAGCCAGAGCGUCCACUCGCGCUUUGAACACCGACAUGCCAAAACAGAGUGUCCCAUUCACUGAGGGCUUGAGAACCCCAGGGUCUCCUGCCUCGGCAGCUGCCCCCUUCCACUCAGUUCACUCAUCGGCCACUCCUACUCCUGUCCUGCCCAUCUUUGCAGAAAUCAGCCCUUCCUCUUUGGACCCCCGAGCGCCAUACAUGAGGAUUCCAGAAAAAAACACUGCAACGCCAGCAGAAGCGGGGAGGAAACUGAUGCAGCAGCCUGGAUCUCCCAUGCUCCAAGGUUUCCAAGGCCUCCCAGUGGAGCAUCCUCAGCUCUCUUCCCUCGUGCUGAAGAGCCCCCUGGGCUUGAACCCGGCGUUUCAGGUGAACUUGAACGCAGCUGGCCAGGGUUCAUCUCCUCUUCUGAGCCCUGUCCUUAGCGAUGCUGGCGGUGCCAGGAUAGAAGAGGAUGACGAAAUGAAACGUAAG